CCUUUUCACAUCAUUAAAGCAGAGCCACGAGGCCGCCGAUAAACGAAUGACAGCAACAUCCUCGUAUACCCACGAAAUUGAACCUUGCUUAGCACGAAUUGGAACGACACCAGAAGAUAAACCUAUGUUUAUAAAGGAAAUAUAUGCAAUAGAUGACGUCAACCUAUUACGACAGUUAGUUAUAAAGAAAGAAAGGGAAAGGCAAAGCAUAGCUAAUGACCUAGAAGUAGCAGCAAGGAUUGGGCUGGUCAUUUCUGAAACAAAUGAGGCAAUUCAAGUAAAAUUGGAACAGCUGGAGAGAGAUAAUAAACUUUACCAAGAAGAGCUAUUAUCCACGACAACAGCAAGACAAUACAGCAGUAGGAUUAGCAGGAACAAUGUCAAUAGUGGCUCAGAGUUUGAUGAAGAUGAACGUAUUCAACUCAUACAAGAGCUAGAUCAAGCAAAGAAAGAACUGUCGAAAUUCAGAAAGGAAAUGGAUGGUUUAUCAGCUCAGUUGAACGAUAUGGCUGUAGAAAUGAUUGAUUCUAGAUCUAAAGUGACUAUGUAUGCAAAACGAUUAGCAGAAGUAGAACAGAAGCUAGCAGCUACUAGAGAAGUCAAUACCAAUCUACAGUCAUUAUUGGAUAAAGCGCUGACAUCACAAAAACAGUCUAGUUCCAAUACGUCCCAUUUAGUGAAAAAUAUACAAUCCGAUUUGUCUAGGGUUAUAUCAGAAAAUGAACAAUUAAGGGCACGCAUCGCUGAACUUGAAAACCAGCAAGUUGAAUGUGAAGAAAAACUAGCAGCCAUGGUGAUGCAAGCACAAGAAUAUGCUCAAAGGUUGGAACAAGCGCAAGACACAAUACAUAGUCUAAGUGAGCCAAAAAUAUUACAGGACGAUGAGGAAGAUUUUUAUCACCAUCACCACCCUCAUAAUACUAAUCCUGUAGCAACAAGGACAUUCUCUUUUUCCUCUACAACAUCAUCUACCACUGCUAGUACUACGACAAAUAGCGAAAAUGUUGUAACGGCAAUAGGAUCAGCAACGAAAGGGCCUUUAUUUUCAGCAGAGUUUAGAAAUGAGAUGAGAAAAGAAAUUGAAAGAAAUCUAAGUCUACGAAACGAGAUCAGGCAUCGCAUUAUUACAGCAGAUACCUCUAUAUUAAGUAGUGCAACAGGAUCAGAUAUCGAGGUUAAUAGUAGUGGUAGCAUUAAACAGAAGCCGUCGAAAAAUCGAGAAGGAUUAAAAGAAUUAUUACAUACAAAUUCUGAGACAAUGGUAGCCGUUGCUACAAAAAAGAGCUUAUCUACGAGCACAACCGCAAGUGCAACAACAAUAAGCUCAAGUUCAUCCAUAUUAUCCAAUGUGAAAUUGAACAAAGAUUUCAAUCAUGCUCACGAAUCAAAUAGUAAUGAGCAACAGCCACCACCUGCACCUAUUUUGAGACCAGCGAGUUUCUUGACUGGAUUCAACGGAUUCGGCUCAACAAUAUCAGCUACACCGAAGGCUCAUUUUAUCACUAGAGGAUUAAUGCCAGCAUCUACCGGCAAUACUACAGCGACAACUACUGUUUAUAGUAACCAAAAUAAAAAUAAUGGCCCAAGUAUAUCUACAAGAUUCUUCCAAAGGUUAGCAUCUCGAUUAGAUGAUUACGAAAAGAAAAAUAAGAGUACAUAGGCAUUUCUUUCAAUAAAGUAUUUAUUCAACCAUUCAAUGCUACAUAAUAUCGUACACAAAGAUCGUAAUAU